AUGACUAACCAUUACCAAAUGACUCCAAUGGAAUCUCUUUUGAGUGCCAUUGACUAUGCACAGCCAAUUCACUUGCCUUUACCUUCAUCAAAGCGAAGUCGACAGGAAGAUACAAUGUCGAUCAAAGCAAUUCUGGAUGAUACUCAUAUCGACUCAAUGGAGCCACCUUUCAAACGAAGACAGCAUCAAUAUUAUUAUACAACUCCUCCGCCUCAAUCUCCGCCUAGCAGUAUAUCAACCUUGCCCAGCAUCAGUAGCAAUAUGAGUAGCGGUAAGAGUACAAUCACUUGUUACCAUGCUUCUGUAGCUCAGAAAUCAUAUGGUACAGAAAGACGAUUCUUAUGCCCACCACCCACCGUCAUCAUGUCGUCCUCGGCAUUAUCAUCACAAGCAAAAAAUACUACUGCUUCAAAGUCUGCAGUCGUGUCAAUGUCAGUUGUUGUGAAUCCUACCACAGCCAACAAUAACGUUUUAGCAGAGCAGCGUACCUAUUUGAACGAAAAUUCGAGUGGGCAAUUCAAAUACCUUUAUGUCUCAACGGCAUCACCCACUCAUCCUAGUUCUGCUGCUUCAACCACCGCCGCCAUGAAUACGAAACAAUUCUAUCUACGUGUCGAUAUGAUGAAUACUGUCUUCCACAGCCAUCCUAUUUCAAUCAUAUCCAAACCAUCAAAGAAAUCGGCUACAAAAGCACGAAACAUGUCUAUUUCUUGUAUAUUCAAUCAUUCACUUAUCUCAUUGUAUAACCGUAUCAAUUCACAAACUGUCCGAACUAAAUACCUAACCACCUCACCUAACAAUUAUGCAACUACAGAACUAUGCGCCAAACAUAAUACUUGGUCGCCAUUUGAAAUUAUUGUCUUGAAACAGCAGCAACAAAUGCGUUCCACUGUUGCAGCGACACAUACCAACAACAACAACAACAACAACAAUACAAAUAACGGAGGUAUUGUCCUUAUCACUUAUGGCACUGAAAUCAUCUUGCGCGAUACUUAUACCGGCAUUAGCUCCCCUCCACUCAUCAUUCGUAAAGUGAAAAAAGGUCAAAUAGUCCAGCAUGCCAGUGGUGAAUUACUUAGUCAAAUGCAAAAAGUUGCCUUACAACUAUCCAGUUCCAACAAUCUUUUUUUGAAUUCGAAUGGUGCUGUUAUGCCCACACCUCCUAAUACCAUGACCCAUACCACACCCUCAGCCAAAGACAUUGCUCAAGAUAACCACAACAGCAACAUAAGUAGCACUUGGGUUCAAUUUACACCUUGCAAAUUGUCCCCGGAUGGCUCAACCGGAAAAAUAGAUGAUUAUACUUGUUGGACCAUUGUUGGCGUCAAUAAAUUUGAAUAUCAAUUCGAAAAUCAACACCCACCAGCACAUCCACAGCCACAGAUGAGUUCACCUCCUCUGUCACCUUUAUCGGCUACUUCUUCGACAAGUAUAGCAUCUCUUUGCUCGCAGCAACCUUAUAAUGCUACUAGUAUCAAUACGAAUACUACUGCAAUGAGACCCAUCACUCCAUUCCCCUUGAUUUGA